GGGGUUCGGCGCCGGCCGGUUCGCUGGGCCCGCCCCGCUACCCCCGGCCCCCGCCCGCCGCGCGCCCGCCAUGAGCCCGCGCCCGCCGGCCUGAGGCGCCGCCGGUGCCGGAGCGCUCCGCUAAGAUGGCGUGUGUGCUGGAGGCGCCGCUCCGCAUGAGCGUCCUCUCGGAGGUCACAGCCAGUAGCCGCCACUAUGUCGAUAGAUUGUUUGAUCUCGAUCCCCAAAAAGUCCUGCAAGGUGUCAUAUGCACUGAGCCAUGGCUGGCGCUCCGUCCCUGCUCUCCUUCCUUUUCAAAGGACUGGAGCCCACAACCCUUGGUUGCUGUAUUUACUCCAGCAAGAGAGCUCAAGCACGGAGCUGAGAACAGAAUGUGCAGUGGUCCUGGGCAGCCUUGCCAUGGGGACAGAGAACAAUGUCAAAUCCCUCCUAGACUGCCAUAUUAUCCCAGCCUUAUUGCAAGGAUUGCUAUCGCCAGAUUUGAAAUUUAUUGAAGCUUGCCUGCGAUGUCUCCGUACCAUUUUCAUCAGCCCUGUAACUCCAGAGGAUCUGCUGUACACAGAUUCUUCAGUUAUCUCCCACCUCAUGGGACUGCUCAGUAGGUCUCAAUACACACAAGAAUACAUAUGUCAGAUCUUCUCCCACUGCUGCAAACUUCAACACUGGCAUAGCUGCGGCUUUAACUCAUUGCCUCAGCCACUUCUGUGUGCCAAUGGUCCAGAUCACCAGACAAUCCUGUUUAACUAUGGAGCUGUUCAGAACAUCGCACAUCUGUUGGUCUCCACCUCCAACAAAGUCCGAAUGCAGGCAUUGAAAUGCUUCUCAGUUCUAGCCUUUGAAAACCCCCAGGUAUCCAUGACUCUGGUCAAUGUGUCUGUUGAUGGAGAAUUGUUACCACAGAUUUUUGUGAAGAUGUUACAAAGGGACAAGCCCAUUGAAAUGCAGCUCACGUCAGCCAAAUGCCUUACUUCCAUGUGCAGAGCUGGAGCAAUACGGACAGACGACCCCUGCAUCGUUCUGAAGACUCUGCCGUGCUUGGUUCGGAUGUGCAGUAAGGACAGGCUGCUGGAGGAGCGGGUGGAGGGGGCAGAGACUCUGGCCUACCUGAUAGAGACGGAUGUGGAGCUGCAGAGGACGGCCAGCAUCACCGACCACCUCAUCGUCAUGCUCGCCGACUACUUCAAGUACCCCAGCUCCGUCAGCGCCAUCGCCGACAUCAAGAGGCUGGACCAUGACCUGAAGCACGCCCACGAGCUGCGCCAGGCCGCCUUCAAGCUCUACGCGUCCCUGGGGGCCAAUGACGAGGACAUCCGCAAAAAGAUCAUUGAGACUGAGAACAUGAUGGACCGUAUUGUUAACGGGCUGUCCGAGUCCAGCAUCAAGGUGCGCUUGGCUGCAGUCAGAUGUUUGCACAGUUUGUCCCGUUCUGUCCAGCAGCUCAGGACAAGUUUUCAGGAUCAUGCUGUAUGGAAGCCUUUAAUGAAGGUUUUACAGAAUGCUCCAAAUGAAAUACUUGUAGUAGCAUCUUCCACGCUAUGCAAUCUUCUUCUGGAAUUCUCUCCAAGCAAGGAGCCUAUUUUAGAAUCAGGAGCCAUAGAACUUCUAUGUAGUUUAACCCAGAGUGAAAAUCUUGCCUUGCGAGUGAAUGGCAUUUGGGCUUUAAUGAAUAUGGCAUUUCAAGCGGAACAGAAGAUCAAGUCAGACAUCCUGCAAGGUCUGAGCACAGAGCAGUUGUUUCAGUUGCUUUCUGAUUCCGAUGUAAACGUUCUGAUGAAAACUUUGGGACUGCUCAGGAAUCUUCUCUCCACUCGCCCACACAUAGACCACAUAAUGAGCACUCAUGGGAAGCAAAUCAUGCAAGCAGUGACCCUCAUUCUGGAAGGAGAGCACAAUAUAGAAGUCAAAGAGCAGACAUUGUGUAUCCUUGCCAAUAUAGCAGAUGGCACGACAGCAAAAGAACUGAUUAUGACCAAUGACGACAUCCUGCAGAAAAUCAAAUACUACAUGAGUCAUUCAAAUGCUAAACUACAGCUUGCUGCCAUGUUCUGUAUAUCUAAUCUCAUAUGGAAUGAAGAGGAAGGUUCACAGGAGCGCCAAGACAAACUCCGAGACAUGGGAAUCGUAGAUAUUCUCCAUAAGCUGAGUCAGUCCUCAGAUCCAAAUCUGUGUGACAAGGCGAAGACAGCACUCCAGCAGUACCUUGCAUGAUCAAAGACUAAUUGAAUCUAUGGACACCCCUCAUGUCUACUUAAGGAAUAGCAGGAGAUACUCCUGACUCCUUAUAUUUGCACAAGUCACCUUGGGCUGCAUUUUUCUCAGGUGCAGGGAGCUGCUUUGCAGAAACAGUUCGAAUGAUCAGGUCUCCAGUGCACUUGAGAAUUUUCUUGAGGUAGUUUCUUUACUCAGAGGACUCGGGGGGGGGGUGGGUUGUUUUGGUUUUUUGGUUUUUUUUUCCUGAGCUACCUGGACUCUCAGAUAGAACAAUCAGUCAUCGUUUUCCUUUUGGGCCUCCAAUUCUCUGCUUUUGCUGCAGCCUUGUGUGGGUGCGUGGGUGCUCGAGUGCGUGUGUGCCGGGCUGAGUGUGUGGGUGUGAGACCUCACUUUUGGUUUUCCUUUUUUUUUGUGUGAAAAUCUUUUUCUACAGGUUUUCAAGGGUUAACCAUUGUUUGCUGUACGAAUACUUCAAUGAAUUAUAUACCGUUUGAAUGAAAUGUUAUUUAAAAAAAAAACCAAACUGUUGUAUCCCAUAAAGUUUAUUUUGAAUUUUGAACAGAUGAAUGUUUUUAAGUAAAAUAUAUGCAUUUCUGAACUUCAGCUUAACUUACAUUAUACUUCAUUUUUAAAGAGAAAAAUAGAGGGAGACAAUAGACUUCAAAUUCCAAGCAACGCAUUCUGUACUGACAAGGUCCAAGAGUUCUUUGUCACAAUACAAGGUCACCUGGUGACCAUGCUCAAAUCCAUGGAACGGCCCAACUGGAUUGGGUUUGGCUUUCUUUACAUUUUUGGAAAACAAGUACAUACUUUAGGGUUAGCAUGACUGAUGCUUUUCAGAAAGGAGCAAGGUGGCUUCAAGAUCAGCAGAAAUAAGCUCUUGCUUUGCCAGCCAGGAUCUUGCUCAGCUAAUUGCUGAAGGAUUGGCUUAUUCAUGGUAAGAAGGAUUUGCUGAUCACUGGUAUCAGCAGAGCAAACAGUGUGUUGCAGAAGUUACACGUUCCAGAGACUAGAAGGAGCUGGCAAGCAGGAUUAAGGGAUUGCUUUUGUUUUGCAUCCUUUAUCUCCACUAAUAGCCAAGUGACUUCCAAAUUAUUUCCACAAAUUAUCAACUGGGUGCAUUAAGCUGGGGAAGGGAUGGAAAACCUGGGGGUUCCAUCUUGUUUUGUAGCUCAGUAUGUUGCUACACAUUUUCUGUAUAUAUGCAGCUAUACACACAUGCAUGGAUUUAGAUUGCUGGAUAAUUGGUGGGGUGUGACUGCAUCCAGAAGCCCUGAGUGUCUGUAUGUUCCUGAAAUGGUGCCUGCUAAUGUGCAGGGGGAAACACGAGUGCAAGUGAAGGGGACUGUGAGCUCAGGCUAGAAUGGCAGAGCCCAGUGGCUUCCCAGUCUCCUCAAGCAGUUCAGGGUUCUGACCCUCUGCCCAGGUCUCCUUUCUGAUUCCAGUUUAGACCAUAGUUCAUAGUCAGACUCCACAGACACUGUAUUUAUAUAGAACUAACAGGCACUAGAAUUUGCAGCCAAUAUCUUAAACCAAAUCCUUCUCUUAUGCUGAGCUUCAGGAAGGCUGCAGCAAGAAGAGAAGUCUGUAACUUUGCUAACCAAUUUUGAUAAUUAUCUAAAUCUUUUAUUUCUAAUCAGAAGGUCAAAUUGUGAUGACAGCCUUACUUUUUUCCCAAGAUAACUCUUUGUGUCAGAAAAUGUGACCACAGUUUGGCCUGGAAUUUGAAUGUGCUGUAUAUCAGAUAACUGUUAUCACUUGGUUGCAAAGGAGAAAAUCUGCAUUUCAUGUAACUUCUUCCACUCUCAAAGACAAAUAAAAGUGAGCACCUGACACUUUUUCCCCAGG